AAGUGCACCAGGCAUCCCGUGAUGGGGGGCAGUACCAGCCCCCCAUCACGGGCCCUCACUGGCCAAGGGUGCACCGGAACCCCCUCAGCCACACAGUAGGGGGGAACCUCAGAUAGCACCACUAGACCAGAGCCAUUCCUAGUCCCCACACACACACACACACACACACACACAGACACAGGGGAGACAGGUGGAGGCUCAUAAAGAUGUUGAUGAUGCAGCGGGGGCCUGACGAGCAGACCAAGCACAAGAUGCACCUCGCCAAGGCGCUUUGUGACGAAGUCAGGGGAGGGGGUCUGAACCGGGGGCAGAAGAGCAGCGCCCCCCUGGACGUGAUGCUGGAGGAGCUCCAGCUCCCGACCAACCGGGGCUCCCGCAUGUUCCAGGAGCGGCAGAAGAGGGUGGAGCACUUCACCCUGGAGCACGCCACCAACGGCAGCAACACGGGCAACUUUGGCAGAGUACUUCCACCUCAGCCUGCCCCAGAGCCCCAGCCGGGGAAGGAGAACCUGCUCACCCCCAGGGUCGGUAAGCACAGCCUGAUCCUCAACCUGCAGAAGACUAUAGCCAAGAAGGGCAAUCCUGAAGUCCUGGCGCCAGGGUAUUCUGGUCCUCUUCGGGGGGUUCCCUGCGAGAGGUUCAACUCUACAGUGAUCCCCAGGUCCUACAGCUCUCCGUGGAGGGAAGGGGAGGGGGACGACCAGCGGACCCUGGCCACUCUGACUGAACAGCUGCCCAAGCCCCCGGAGCCGUCCACCUUCAGGUGCUUCAACAGAUCGGCGCUCCCGUUCGGGGGGCCAAUGACCAGCAGGAGGGUGAUCCCAGUCAUGAGCUGUGAAGCCCUGGAAGCCCAGAGCCUUCCAGCCAGCAGCCGGAACUGCAUGUCUCGGAGGCCCGAUUUCAACAGAGCACCAAAGGGCUGGGGCAUGGACUACUGCCCCGAGUCCGCCGAGCUCUGAAGAGGCUCUACCACGCUCUUCCAGAGAGCCUGACGGGGCUCUCUGGAGGCCCGUCUGCGGCCGGCAGUGACCUGCUCGCCGACGCCUGCUAUGACGUGUGCUGCGCUCUUUAAAGGUCAUGUCAAUGAUUAAGCCGUCUGCUAAUGGAUAUCAAAAGGUUAUUGAAUCCAUUCUGAACCGUCAUCUCCGAAUUUAUGUCCAUGAGAACACCCGAGGACACGAGUAGGGACAUGACCUUCGCCUUCCUUGUAGCAGUGUGACAUCAUCGCAGGCUUGGAGAUCAUGGUUGUUCCACAAGGCUACCUUUUAGUGCUACAUCGACUAACACCAUCAUCUGAACUGCCUACUGCCAUCUUCACUAAUGACAUUUUACAGAACAUAGUCUGGUUCUGCACAAAGUACAACACAAAUACAAAAGGAAUAGUCAAAUGACUAGAUGGGGUUGUUUAAUGAUGAAAAAUACAAAUAAACAGUUUCAUGGGGUAAUAAUAUUACGUCAAAGAAUAAAAAAAAAUCAAAUCAAGACUAAAAUGUUUCA